AUGGGAGCCUCUUGUUCUCAUUGUAAUUGUGAAAAAAAAAAUAACGACAGAGAUGUACAAUCAUUUCAAAUUGAAGAAUGCAUAACAAUUCCAACAUGUUAAUCCAAUCUAGAAAAAACCUAAAUGGUUAAAUAUAAAAAGGCAAUAAUCAUUUAAAAAUACUGGAGAGGCUACCUUAUUAGGCGAACUAUUAAAUAAGAAGCAGCCACAAAGCUAUCUGCUUCUAAAACAAUACCUAGCAGUCUUACUAUUGAUAUUGAUAGUUUAGAAUGUGUGCAAAAGCCACCUUACAAAUUUGUAGGUGGAGUUGUCUAUACAGGACAAUGGAGAGGCAAUUCCCGAGAUGGGUAUGGCGUUUAAGUAUGGCCUGAUGGAGCUCAGUAUUAAGGAGAAUGGAAAAAAAAUAAAGCAAAUGGUAAAGGUAAAUUUAUUCAUGCAAAUGGUGAUGUUUAUGAAGGGGAAUGGGAAGAUGAUAAGGCUAAUGGUUAUGGAAUUUAUUAGCAUAUAGAAGGACCAAAAUAUGAAGGGAAUUGGGUCAAUGAUAAAUAACAAGGGUUUGGUAUUGAAUGUUGGCCUGAUGGCUCUUUUUACGAAGGAAUUUAUUAUAAUUCUUUUAAGCAAGGAAAAGGAAAAUACGUUUGGAGUACUGGACAAAUUUAUACAGGGGAUUGGGUUUAAAACUAAAUAUCUGGAUUUGGAUGCAUGAUUUGGCCUGAUGGUAGAAAGUAUUAAGGAGAGUUUCAUAAUGGUACUAUGCAUGGGCGUGGACUAUAUACGUGGCCAGACGGAAGAAAAUAUGAAGGAUAGUAUUUUAGGGACAAAAAACAUGGUUAUGGAGUAUAUGAUUGGGGAGAUGGAAGAAAAUAUGAAGGUGAAUGGGAAUUCGGAAAGUAACAUGGGAAAGGAUGCAUAAGCUUGAAUGAAUAAAUUUUAAAUGGUCAUUGGAAUAAGGGAAAGCGUAUAAACUGA